AUGGAUGGUUUGGAUGAGGUGCCCGAUGAACUAGGCAUUCAAACGCCACUAUCACCAGCACCAGGGGAUCGUUCAGCAAAUACAUCAGCUCCAAGUUUUGAAAGCAUUCUUAGUGGUAAGAGUAUAGCACCAUUCUCAAGGAUUGCCUUUCUGGAUUUCCUUCGGAAAAUCCACUGUUCAGAGAACUUGGAGUUUCUUAUGACUGCUGACAGUUAUCUCACCACUUUGAACGAUCCAUCAACAAGAAAACACAUUUGGCAUUACAUUUACACGAACUAUAUAUCCACAUACGCUUUGAAAGAGGUGAACAUACCUCAUGAUACCCGGUCAAUACUUACAGACUAUUUCGAGACGGACACUUUACCGAAAGAUUGCGAUAUUGUCGAAUGUAUGAUGAUCAUCAAGGAACUCUUACGCGAUGCAUACUUUCAGUUCAUUCAACAUGCUAAAAGACAAUCUCUCUCAGAGCGUUUCUUCUCGGAGUACAGCAUAUUACCAUCGCCUUCGGAUGAGGAUAUUCCACGUUCUCAUGGGAGACGUACCUCUGAACAUCCAUGUCCUCUAGAUCUCAAUGCUCCUGUGUCAGAGCGCUCCAUUUCCCCUAUUGAGGUGACCGAGGUGA